UGCAUUUCUAUUCAGGCAACACAACGCAGAGCCCUUAAGGGGUCCUGACAAUUACGUAGACGCACACACGUGUGUCGUGCUCUGUAAACAUGGCGGACUUACAGAUGAAGCUCCUCCGUAAGAAGAUUCAGAAAAGGAAUCAAAAGAACAAGGAGCGGAAGUUACAACAAAAACAAGAUGACGAUGAGCCCGUAAAAUCGAACGGCCUGGAAGAAGAGUGUCCUGGGGCAGCAGCGACUAAGUUCUCCAAGAAGGAAGAGAAGCAGCCUCUGACGUCACAGGCUGAAGAUGCCACCACAGCCAUCAGCCCUGUGCAGAAGAAGAAGAAAAAGAAGAAAAGAAAGCUCACAGACACGUCUGGAUCACCUGUGGAGAAGAAAACCAAAACAGUAGAAGAUGAUGAUGAUGAUGAUGAAAUGGAAGGUGAAGAAGAAGCAAAAGCAACGAGUCACAGUGAAGAGCAGAUCACUAAUGGAGAUGAAGAUGAAGUUGGUGAGGAGGAGGAGGAGGGAGAAACUAUUAAUGGAGAUGAAGGUGGUGAGGAGGAGGAGGAGGGAGAAACUGAAAAUGAAGAUCAGCCUGAACUACCAUCUGGACUGACUGGUGCAUUUGAGGACACAGCAUUCUCCUCUCUGGCUGAUUUAGUCAGUGAAAACACUCUGAAAGGCGUGAAAGAGAUGGGCUUCGAGCACAUGACUGAAAUCCAACACAAGAGUAUACGCCCCCUGUUGGAAGGAAGGGACGUUCUGGCUGCAGCAAAGACGGGCAGCGGGAAAACCUUGGCCUUUCUCAUUCCAUCAAUAGAACUCAUCUACAAACUGAAGUUCAUGCCCCGGAAUGGCACUGGUGUGGUGGUCCUCUCUCCCACCCGUGAGUUGGCCAUGCAGACCUACGGUGUACUGAAGGAGCUCAUCACGCACCACGUGCACACGUUCGGGCUCAUCAUGGGGGGCAGCAAUCGCUCCGCUGAGGCCCAAAGACUGGCCAAUGGUGUGAACAUCCUGGUGGCCACACCUGGUCGACUCCUGGACCAUCUGCAGAACACCCCCGGUUUCUUGUACAAGAACCUCCAGUGUCUGAUCAUCGACGAGGCCGACCGUAUCUUAGAGGUUGGCUUUGAGGAGGAGCUGAAACAGAUCAUCAAACUUCUGCCCAAAAAGAGACAAACCAUGCUGUUCUCAGCCACCCAGACCCGGAAGGUGGAGGACCUGGCUCGUAUUUCCCUGAAGAAGGAGCCGCUGUACGUGGGCGUGGAUGACAACAAAGAGAUGGCCACGGUUGACGGACUGGAGCAGGGUUACGUGGUGUGUCCGUCAGAGAAGCGCUUCCUGCUGCUCUUUACCUUCCUCAAGAAGAACCGCAAGAAGAAGAUGAUGGUGUUCUUCUCCUCCUGCAUGUCUGUGAAGUUCCACUACGAACUGCUCAACUACAUCGACCUGCCCGUCUUGGCCAUCCACGGGAAGCAGAAGCAGACCAAACGAACCACCACCUUCUUCCAGUUCUGCAAUGCUGACUCUGGGAUUCUGCUGUGUACCGACGUGGCAGCUCGUGGACUGGACAUCCCUGAGGUGGACUGGAUCGUCCAGUACGACCCUCCCGAUGACCCAAAGGAGUACAUCCACAGGGUGGGCCGAACAGCCCGGGGCAUUAAUGGGCGGGGCCACGCUCUCCUCAUCCUGCGACCAGAGGAGCUUGGCUUCCUGCGCUUCCUGAAACAGGCCAAGGUGCCCCUCAGUGAGUUUGAAUUUUCCUGGACAAAGAUCUCUGACAUCCAGUCUCAGCUGGAGAAACUGAUUGAGAAGAACUACUACCUGCACAAGUCUGCUCAGGAGGCCUACAAGUCCUACGUCAGGGCGUAUGACUCCCACUCGCUCAAACAGAUCUAUAGCGUCAAUACCCUCAACCUCCUCAUGGUGGCGCUGUCCUUUGGCUUCAAAGUGCCCCCCUUUGUUGACCUGAACGUCCACAGCAGUAAAGGUGUAAAGAUGCAGAAGCGCGGGGGCGGCGGAGGGUUUGGAUACCAGUCCAAGAACGUGCAGAAGUCCAAGAUCUUCAGACACGUCAACAAAGGACGGAACGACAACAGGAAGUUCUCCCGCUGAGGCCUGGACGUUCCACAGUGAUCUUCUGUCUCUGAGUCUCUGUAGACCCUGAACUGCAGAACCAUCAAAGACUGUUUUAUAGUUUCUUCAGUGGUUGGGACCAACAGUCUGUAUCUGAUUUUUAUCUCUGAUCUGUUCAGAAUUCCAGUAAAUUCCACUGAGUUUCAGUGGAGGACAGAAACGUCUCGUGCUGAUCUUUCUUCUGUGGCGUUCCUCACAGAUUCUUACAGUACAAACCGCGUCAACACACAGGUUAUUUACAUGCUGUUCAUCCUGGAACAUUCUGGAAUAACUUUCUGGUUAGUACUCUUUUCUCACAGCACUGGUUGAGUUCCCUGACCACAGGCUAGUGUGAGGCCAUCGCUUCUUUGGUACCUGACUGUAAAAAAAAAAAAAAA